AAUAGAGAAAACAUUUCUAACUAUUUUACUAAAAGAGUGAUCUUAUUAAAAACUGAAGAUAUAACUAAAGAUUUAUUGGAUGGCAUAGAAUUUUUAAGUAAACAAUAUUUAGAAUCUACAGAAUAA